CAGCACGUGCUCGCGCUGCUUUACCGACGCGUUUAGGAGUUGUCAAAUGAACGCAGUGUUAUUUUAUGAAUGUAAACAAUCCUAAUAGCGCAACACUGUAAAUAUCCGAUCAAAUACCGAAAUAUUAAAAUGUCCGCCACGCCGGACCGCCUGAACGUCUCCAAAACCCGCCUUCAAUCACCCCGUACGCCGGCGUCCCCUUCCGGCAGCACGGUAGGUGCCUCACGCGUAUCGGAUGCGGUCGCCAAGUUCCUUGAACUGUUCAAAAAGUGGCAAUCCACCGUCCAAAAGGGCUCCCAGUACUGCAACGCCAUCGAGAGCGUCAAAAAGGGUGUGCUGGAUGCGGGAUCCGGGAAAGAACCGGAGGCAAAUCCAUACCCCGCGAACUUGGAGUUGUACUGUAAGAAUUUGUCCAUUUUGAACACGAUUCUGGAGGAUGUGCUGAACAGCGCCGAGACCCUGGUGGAACAGCUGAAGGUGCUGCACGUGCUGAUGAAGGAGGAGAUUGUUGGGCGGAGUUGGAGCUUGGGGAGGGUCAUCGAGGGAAUGCGAAGCGUUUGCGGCUGUAUGAGGUCGGAGUUGGAAGUCAGGAGGACGAUUGCCGAAAACAUUGGCCACUCUAUCACCUCAGCUGAACUAAUUUUGCACGUGUCAUUUUGGGAGCAGCUUUCAAGUAGAAAUGAUGCCAACUAUGUUUUAAUAAAAAUGCUGGAGAUGGAAUUUAAAAUUCCACAAUAG